AUGUCGAGGAGAUAUGAUAGCCGAACGACGAUCUUCUCCCCAGAGGGUCGUCUCUACCAAGUUGAGUAUGCCAUGGAGGCCAUUGGAAAUGCAGGAAGUGCUAUUGGAAUAUUGGCUAAAGAUGGAGUUGUCUUGGUUGGUGAAAAGAAGGUUACGUCCAAGCUUCUGCAGACCUCAACCUCCACCGAGAAGAUGUAUAAGAUCGACGAUCAUGUUGCCUGUGCUGUUGCUGGAAUCAUGUCCGAUGCAAACAUCUUGAUCAACACUGCCAGGCUUCAGGCCCAACGUUACACUUUUAACUACCAGGAGCCCAUCCCUGUCGAGCAGCUGGUUCAGUCUCUCUGCGAUACCAAGCAAGGAUACACCCAGUUUGGUGGUCUUAGGCCCUUUGGCGUCUCCUUCCUUUUUGCUGGGUUGGACAAAAACUAUGGUUUCCAGCUGUACAUGAGUGACCCAAGUGGAAACUAUGGUGGGUGGAAGGCUGCAGCCAUUGGUGCAAACAACCAAGCAGCUCAGUCCAUGCUUAAGCAGGAUUACAAGGAUGACAUCUCGAGAGAGGAUGCUGUUAAUCUGGCACUGAAGGUUCUCAGCAAGACCAUGGACAGCACUAGCCUGACUUCUGACAAGCUCGAGCUGGCUGAGGUGUUCCUCUCUCCAUCUGGCAGCGUCAAGUACCAAGUUUGCUCUCCUGAUUCACUUAGCAAGCUGUUGGUGAAGUCUGGAGUGACUCAACCUGCUGCUGAGACCUCAUGA